AUCGCUUUUACAUUUUUUUCAGGCACUUUUGGACGAGACUUUUACAUAAGUAUACUCAAAACAUAUAACGACAAUUUGCUAGAGUUUUCACUUCUCAUUACCUCAAAUAUGACUGGAACGGCUAUAAUCUAUAUACCACAUUUAGGCAUAAACACAACACGUAGUUUUAAUCAAAGUUUAGAAUACAAGGUAACUGGUGACACCAUAACAAAGUUAAAUACAACUGUGUAACACAAGGGUAUACAUGUGACAACAGAUGUCGACGUCACACUUACUGUUAUGAAAUAUCCAAUUGGUACAUGGGAAGGGUUUUUGGCACUUCCGACGGCCAUGUUGUCUACUGAAUAUAUAAUAUCGUCGUAUAAACCAUAUUCCAGCUAUAAAAGUGAUUUUCUAGUUGUUGCUUUACAUGACGCCACCUACAUCAGUAUACAUGUCGGCAAAAAGAUACUUAGAGUCGUGUUGAAUAGACUUGAUACGUAUCUUGUUCGACGACAUGACGAUUUAAGUGGAGCAAGAGUUAGCAGCAAUACAUCUGUAGCCGUCUUCUCUGGUCACGAGGCUACAUCAGUACCAAUAACAUGUGCCUAUGCAGAAUAUAUUGUAGAGCAACUUUUGCCUACCCAACAUUUCGCUCGAGAAUUUAUCGUUCCCCCGGUACCGCCAAAAUCACAUCAUGUAGUGCGAAUAUAUAGCUCAACUCAAAACACAUCUAUCACAUUUCGUAAUACAAUGAAUCAAAGUAUGCAAAUUCUUUUGAAAGCUGGUGAUUUUCAUGAAAUUUUAAGCGGCAAUGUCACAAUGUAUGUUUCUGCAAACAAACCUGUUCAGGUGAUGUUGUACAGUACAUGUUAUUAUGUUGCUGAUACUGGUGACACUUUCAUGUCUAUAGUCCCGGCAAUCAUUCAAUAUAGAAACUCCUAUCAUUUCUCCGUAAUUGUAACCAAUGAAAACUUUACUCAUUAUUUAACAAUCAUUGCAAAAACUGAGGAUAUAUCUGGACUAAGAAUCAAUGGAAACCAAAUGGGAAAUAGCUUUCAAAGCUAUGUGACACACGCAAACAAUGAGACGUUUACUGUUAAUGUCUACAAAUUGUCUUCCGGUGAAUAUCAUCUGUAUCACGUGACCGGUAGAACAUUUGGAGCAAUACAAUAUGGCUUUUCGACAUAUCAUACUUAUGGAUACCCACUGGGAUUGGGAGAUUACAAAGAGAGCACAGGGAAUGACGGACUAAAGUGUUUCGACUGUAAGGAUAUGACUCAUUUGUACCUCUGUGACGCCGUUACUAAAUGUUCGAGCGGCCAGGUUUGCCUCCCCCUAAACUACGAGGACCGUUAUGCUACGACUGCUCGUAUGUUUCUAAUAUGGAUGAGUGUAGGACAGUAAGGCUGUGUUCCAAAGACGAGGUUUGUAGUGUAGAAAAGUAUGACGAGGGUGGUGUAUAUGACCAUUACACAGCAAAAUGUCAUAACAAACAGUGUAUUUCGCACAAGAGGCAAACUGACGUCACAUCUGCACGAGAAUCGCGAUCAACGCCC